CAACCAUUCAAAAAAGUUGUAAGCAGGAUGGGAAGAGUCUCUCAGGAUGCUGUGUGACUUCUUUAGACAGCGGGAUGUUUUUCCUGUGAUUGUAAUCCUCUACCUGCGUGCAGACCACCUAUACACUCAGGAGAACAAAUCCAAGAUAUUUUGUGGUUAAUUAUUUGUCAAGAAAUGGAGUGGGAUCAGCUUGACAUGAACCCAAGAGUGAUUGCAGCUAUUAAGAAAGCAAACAUCAAAUCAAUCAAAGAGAUUUUCAAUCUUUCACAAGCAGAUUUGCGGAGACUGACAAAACUGUCCAGUGUGGAUGUACACUACCUGCUAAGAACAAUUUCCAGUGCCCUAAGAAAAGGCUCUGUCCUUACAGCUCUUCAGUUAUUUCAAGACAAAAACCACAGGACUUCCCAACGCCUGAGAUUAAGCUUGGGGUGUCCAGUUCUAGACGGCUUGCUCCGAGGUGGCAUUCCUCUCACAGGAAUUACUGAAAUUGCUGGCGAAAGCUCUGCUGGGAAGACGCAAAUUGGUUUGCAACUCUGCCUUACUGUGCAAUACCCACACAAAUAUGGUGGACUAGAAUCCGGUGCUGUUUACAUCUGCACAGAAGACAUUUUCCCAAACAGACGCCUACAGCAAUUGAUCGAGCAGCAGGCCAAGUUGCGGGAUGAUGUCCCCCCUGAUGUGGUGCAGAAGAUAAAAUUUGGAAAUUGUAUUUUCAUUGAGCAUGCAGCAGACUUAGACGCUUUCCAGGACUGCAUUAGUAAGAGGAUUAACGUACUGCUCUCGAGAGGCAUGGUGGGGCUGGUUGUCGUUGAUUCCAUUGCUGCCUUAUUCAGAUGUGAAUUUGGCGCUAAAGAUUCUGCCCUGAAAGCCAAAUACUUGCAAAUGUUUGGAGGAAUAUUCCACAGAUUAAGCAGCAAGUUCCGGAUCCCCAUCGUGUGCAUUAAUCAGGUAACUGACACAAUGGAGGAGAAGCAUUCUGUUCCUAGUAGUUCUGGGCGCAUGGCCAGGACAGUUGCUCCAGCACUUGGAAUAACUUGGUCCAAUCAACUACUGAUGAGAUUGAUGGUAAGCCGUACAAAUCAUGUAAUGGACACUGCCAGAAAUAUGCCGAGCUAUGGCGGAAAGUUAUUGAGGACACUGAGAGUUAUUUUUGCCCCUCACCUGCCCCAGAAUUUUUGCUACUAUGUAGUAAGCUCUGAAGGUGUGAAAGGAAUAACGGAAAACAUACAGAUGUAAUAACGGAGAAAGCUGUGAAGCAAUAUUCCUUCUAUUUCUUAUACAAAUAAAGCCAUCCCAUUUAAAAAAAAGAAAUCCUGAAGUUAUUCAUACCACAGUGCCAUCUUAUUUGACUACGAUGACAUUGCUGCAGUAGAAUCGCUUUCAAUUCACUCAGUCUUGGUUGUAACCUGGAUGGAAAAUGACAGCAACAAAUAGCUAUUAGAUGGUAACACCACUGUGUUGACUGUACAGUGGUGCCUCGC